AUGGCGCAUUCUACUCUUUCGCCGCCGCAGUCCCCCGUCUCCUCCUCAACGUCCCGCGACAGACCUCUCCAAAUCAACCGAGCAAACACUGCUCCGGAAAAGAUGUCGGUGAAUGGGCAUUUUGCGUCCGCCGGCCAGAAUGGAACCGCGGAUUUUGAACAUGGUGUCCAAGUCAUCGACGAGGACCAGCAGUUCAACCCGGAUCUGGCCAAGUAUCUCAGUCACACUGGAGUGUCCCAUGCCGGAUUCAACUAUCAUCUCAUCUCCGUUUUCGGGUCGCAGUCGACCGGCAAGUCUACUCUUCUAAAUGCCCUCUUCCAAACCGAUUUCUCCGUCAUGUCCGAGUCGGAAAGACGCCAAACUACUAGAGGGAUAUGGCUGGCAAAAAACAAAUCUACAGCGACAGAAAUGGCGGACAAUAUCCUGGUCAUGGACGUCGAAGGUACGGAUGGUCGGGAAAGAGGCGAAGACCAGGACUUUGAACGCAAAAGUUCUUUAUUUGCGUUGGCAACCAGCGAAGUUCUCAUGGUCAAUAUCUGGGAACAUCAAGUGGGAUUAUACCAGGGCGCCAAUUUGGGACUGCUAAAGACUGUCUUUGAAGUCAACCUCCAGCUCUUUCUUAAGGACAGAAAAUCCACUUCACGGAGCUUGUUAUAUUUCGUCAUUCGAGACUUCCUGGGCACGACUCCCCUACAGAAUUUGCGCAACACGUUGAUGCAGGACAUGGCAAGGAUAUGGACCAGUUUGUCAAAGCCCCCGGGGUUGGAGAACAGCAGCAUUGACGACUACUUCGAUUUUGCUUUUGCCGCACUGCCACACAAGCUAUAUCAACCGGAACAAUUUAAGGCUGAGGUAGCGAAGAUGGCAACACGGUUCAGAGAUGGCCAUCGUGACCGCCGAAGAGAUGCAUUUUUGGGCGAAUUUGACGGCGGGAUAUUUUUGCCAGAAUAUCACCGACGAAUACCAGCAGACGGCUUCUCCCACUAUGCCGAGGGUAUCUGGGAUCAGAUUGCGAACAACAAGGACCUCGAUCUUCCGACCCAGCAAGAACUUCUCGCCCAAUUCAGGUGUGAUGAGAUCAUGAGGGAAGUCAUGGUUGCGUUUGACGAAGCGAUCACCCCCCGUGAGACAGAACAAGCGGACGCGGCAAGAAUGGGUAGAGCCGAACCCAUUUCCGGAUUGGGUGCUGCCAUGAAGGGAGCGCGAGCAGAUGGUAUCAAGAAUUUCGAGACUGAAGCAAGCAGAUAUCACAAGGGUGUUUAUCAGCGAAAACGGACAGAGCUUGAAAGUAAGAUUGAUACCAGGCUGAAGGCCCUUUUUGCUGGGCAACUCGCGGCCGCGCACAAAGAGGGCGUUCAACGGUUCUCGGAUGCAGUCAGUGCCGCUGUCAAGGCUGGGCAGAAGAAAGGGGCAUCGUAUGAUUUCGCCGAAAUCGUAACAGAGCAGAAGAAAAUUGCGCUCGACAAUUUUGCGUCUGUCGGGAAAGAGUCUGCGAUCGAGGGAUUGCCUUGGUCUGACUACAAACAAGAAAUGGCCCUAUACCAGAAGGAACUGGACAAGAUCUCAGGUCAGCUACGCAGGGACGAAAUGCGUCGGCUCGCAACAAGGGUUGAAAGAUGGGUCAGAAGCAAACUCAACGACAGCAUUGGCUUAGAGUUCAAUGCUCUUGGAUCUGGCCGCGGUGGCUCUGGUGCUCCCGAACAGGGUGAUCGACCACAAGAGCAGGGUAUUUGGGACCGGAUCUGGUCUUUGUUUGUCGCCACUGUGAAGGAUGCUGAGAAGCGCUUCGCCGACCGGGCCGCUUCCUUUGACGCUAGCGCCGAAGAAGUUGAAGUCGGCAUCUGGCGUCUCAGAAGGAAAUCGUGGGGCGUACUCCGUUCCAAGAUUGACGAAGAAAUGAUGGAAGGUAAUCUCUUACUGAAGCUCCGAGAGAACUUCGAGGACAAAUUCCGGUACGACGAGGCAGGCGUUCCGCGGAUUUGGCGUCCAACCGACGACAUCGAGGGUAUCUAUACCCGAGCUCGAGAAAGCACUCUGACCUUGAUUCCUCUCCUUGCUCGCUUCCGGCAUUCCGAGACUGGAGCUCCACCACCUCUCGAUCGGUGGAUCGGACCUACUCCUGCUGCUGCCACGGCAGCCGAUGAGGAAGACUUGACUCCCAUUGGAGGGGUUGACGAGGAAGAGGGAAAAAGUCUGGAAGAAGAGACGACGGUCCUCAAUGAAGCCAAACGGCAGGAUUUGACUGUCAGAUUCAAAAAGGCCGCUGAUGGAGUAUAUGUCGAAGCCAAGCGUAGUGCGAUUGGUGGUAUGACACAGGUGCCUCUUUACUUCUACGGUCUCUUGCUGGCGCUGGGUUGGAACGAGAUCGUUGCUGUUCUUCGCAAUCCUGUUUACUUCAUGUUCCUCAUAUUGAUUGCCAUCGCUGCCUAUGUCACUUACACUCUCAAUCUGUGGGGCCCGAUGUUCAAAAUGGCGAAUGCGGCGUCUCAACAAGCUCUGGAGGAAGGCAAGAAGCGGCUUCGAGAAUUCCUGGAGGAGAAUCCGACGGCAAGGCACGCUGUGGCAAUGUCAACUGGCCGAGACGAAUACGAAAUGAGGGAUCUGGAUUCCUCUUCCAAGGCGAGGAAAAUCAAGACGGACGGCGCCGAUGAUGAGGAUGUUGAUGAGAUUUAG